AUGGCGAUGUUGUACAAAGAGGUCAAGAAUUUGUCCACUCAUAAAAUCUUCAUCGUCGAUUUCGAGACCGCGCGGCGUUCGGAGAAAAAAUUUACCUGCCCCAUCAAUGAACAGGACGUCACGAACGCUCAAUUCGAUGCUCGUCGCAGAAUUCGAGGUCCUCCGGAAAGCCAAUUUCCACACGGCGUCAAAACCUCGAAACAAAUCAUCCCUACACUGAUUGAUGCAGGACUUAGCCCUAAUUCAAUAUGGGUUGAAUAUUCGACAACAUCCUUUGAUCGCAAGUGCAUGGAAGUAUUGAUUAAAGAUGCUGGAAUGCCAAUCGACUCGAUACUUCCACCUCGUGUGCGGUGUUGGACAGUGAUCCUUGACUUCAUGCGCUUCCUGCCUGGGUCGGAUGCUGCAGUUCUCUACGACUUUCUCCAGCGAUGGAUCAACCUCCCCGGGCAAGCUGAGGCUUGA